AUGGAGGCCCUAGACCGCAUCCCAUACGAGCUUCUAUCCAUUAUCAAUGCAUAUGCAGCAGAUUGGGUUAGCCUUGAAAGCCUCUUGCAAGAUUCGCCACGAGUGGGCGAGAUUUUUUCAAGCGACGCGAACACCAAGGCAGACUAUGAAGCCGUACACCUGGUAGAAUCAAUCCUACAGGAGAAUCCUGUUAUGCGCCAUGAGUUACACUGCCAUUUCCGUAUGGCUCUAAAACUGCGCCAGCCUUCCCUGAAAUCUUCGAGCCUCACCGACUUCAUCUCUCAAGACCAUUCUUCGUCCCUGAUGACAUCUACUUCUUCGAUAUGUCCAGGAAAGUUAGAAGAGAUGGUGAGUGUCGCGGCCAAUAUCCAGCGAUUGGCGUGCGCCUGUUUAACUACCCUCUUGGGUCGUGUUCGAAAGGUCCAGCCCCGGUGCUGGAAGAGACGUGCCAGUGACGGGACCGAGCCAUAUCAGCCGCGCGAGGCUGGCUCUCCGACAUGGAUCGAAGAAUAUCGGGUCUAUCGCGCGCUAUGGAACCUACAGCUAUAUGCCGACCUGUCAACUGCCGGAAAAAGGCUGGGCUGGCUUCACGAUGACCUUGAAAAUUGGUGGUUCGGGCACAUGCGAUGGGAUGAAGUGCCGGUUAUGGUUGGGGAAGAAGUCCGUACCGUAUCAGAAUGCUUGGAAACUCUGUGUGAAGGCGACCCCGUUCUUCGUACUACGAAGGCACAGGUGACCAAGUUGUAUAGUGAGAGACACUUAUUCGACAUACAACUCAUUUCCCAACUGCCAAACGCAUCUCAACUGUGCCGCGGGUUUGAAGUAUGGGCCCCUCCACUUCUGCCUGAAAUCCCCGUUACCGAUGACGGUUACCCUCUGGAUCCUUGGGGGUGGGGGCUUCGUUCGUUGAGAUUUAAUCGUAUGGCCGCUUUUUUCCGAGUCUGUCAGCUCCGGACGACCACCCAUCCCGCUAUGCAUCAAGUUUGUCAAAUUCAGGAUGCUGGCCCGUGGAGAGGCCUUGGUAUGCCAAUCUGGGACCUCUGGCGUUGUUAUUGCUUGGGGCUACAUUCAGCUAGGCAUAAUAUCCCCCGCCGUUAUUCUGGGCCUCUGAGAGCCCCUGAUGGAUCCGUAGUCCCGGAAGGUUGUUCUCCCCCUACCCGGGGGUUCGAAGAGGAUUAUCGAUAUUCUGUCUUUAUGCACGCGCGGACACAGAUGCAGGAAGAUGAAUUCAAGGAGAUGCAAUUGGAGAUACAGAAUUGUAUUAUAAAAUGA